AUAGAAAAUGGAAGUGAGAAUAUUUCAUCAAGUAAAACAAGAUUUGAACUUGAUAAAGUCACUUGUCCUAAAGGAUCUGUUCCAAUUCGGAGAACAACAAAAGAAGAUCUCAGCCGCGCUAAAUCUUUAUUGAACAAUAAUAUUUUAGCUGCAAGUGUUGGCCACAAAGCGGAAAUAUAUCUCAAAUAUCGUGGUGGUGCAAAUUAUUAUGGAAUAAAGGGAACUACUAGUAUUUAUAAUCCAAAGUGUAGUAUUGCUCAAUCUAGCGCAUCUAAUCUAUAUGUUCGAAAUGGAGAAGGAGGCGCUGUUAAUGUAAUUAGUAUUGGAUGGCAUGUAUUUCCUCACAUAUACGGCAAUGAUCGGACAUAUGUAUUCGCAUCAUGGACAUCAGAUAGUUUUGUAAAGACGGGAUGCUACAACUAUCUUUGUAGAGGUUUUGUCCAAACCAACCGUCAAUAUCACAUUGGAGCAGCUGUGCCAAAAACAUCUGUAUACGGUGGAGAUAUUGUAGAUAUGCCCAUUACUAUUGUUCAAGAUCAAAGAACUAAAAAUUGGUGGAUAAACAUUAAUGGUCAAGCAAUUGGAUAUUAUCCACAAGCUUUAUUCAACAACUUGAAAACAGCUAAUCAAGUGGGAUGGGGAGGGGCCACAAUAGCUAUAGGUGCACCUAGCCCUCAAAUGGGAUCUGGAUCCUUUCCUGACCGGAACUAUGAGCAUACAUGUUAUUUUAGAAAUAUUGGAUAUCAAAAUCAAACUAAUUCAGUCUAUCAAGGACCUGAUGAGUAUUCGGCACGAGUUUUCCAUGAUGUCCCUCAAUGUUUUGGAGUUGCCUACUAUGGACAAGAAAGAAAUCCAUAUGGAUAUUCUCUUCAAUUUGGAGGACCGGGUGGCAGAUGUUAAUAAUAAUUUAUAUCUUAAGUUAUUUAAAUAAGUGAUUUCACAUGUAUUUUUAGUUUUUUUUUUUU